CACUCACCCCACAGAAAAAGAGGCAGACAAACACCCAGUUUUCUUUCUCACGGACUUUUUGCGUCCCACAUUCAGCAGGAGCGCGGAUCCACUGAGGACGUCUGCAGACCAACUCUCAACUGAAACCAAAUGGCCUACCAGACCCAACACUUGAGAGAAACUUUGCUUCCUUUUCGUGUGAAAUGUGCUGCUGCAAUGGCUCACAACUCGCUGCAAAGUAGCACGGCCCAAUCACAGCCAUGUCGAAAGGAUGCAUCACAGUCACCAAGUACUUCUUAUUCCUCUUCAACCUCCUCUUUUUUAUCUUUGGAGCGUUGAUCAUGGGCUUUGGACUGUGGAUACUGUUCGAUAAGGAAAGCUUCAUAGCAGUGCUACAAGAAUCUUCUGACACGGUGAAGGUGGCUUCGUAUAUCCUCAUCGGAGUCGGAUCUCUGACGAUGGCCAUGGGAUUCUUCGGCUGCAUCGGAGCCAUCUAUGAAAUCCGCUGCCUGCUGGGACUGUACUUCACCUGCCUUCUGCUCAUCCUCAUCGCUCAGGUCACUGCUGCUGUUCUCAUUUACAUACAGAGAGAUCCGCUGAAACACGAGAUGUCCGUCAUCAUUAGAGGACUGAUAGUGAACUACACGGGUCAGAACAAAACCACAGAGCAUGCCUGGGACUUCGUUCAGAGGACGAUGAAAUGCUGUGGGUGGACUGGUCCAGGUAACUGGUCCGAGAACACUUUGAUCAAGAACAGCACGCAGUAUCUGUACUCCUGCUCCUGUCGUAACGACACCAUCCCGGGAACCGAGGUGAAAGAGUUUGGCCUUUGUGAGCGCCUGUCAGCACAGCCACCUGUCUUUGAAAUGGGCUGUAUAACCAGCGUGGAAAAAUGGCUGCUGGAUAACUGUGGGAUUAUCCUGGGGAUCUGUAUCGGGGUGGCUGUUGUGGAGCUCCUGGGGAUGAUCCUCUCCAUGUGUCUGUGCAAGAGCGUCGUCCAGGAGGAUUACACCAAAGUACCGAAGUACUGAGCCGAGCACGAAGCCAGCCAGUUCAACACAGAUGGACCGACUCCCCUCCGCCUCUCCUCCACACACACACACACAUAUAUAAAGAAAUUAAGACAGCUGUCUUCACCAUUUGAGGUUCUCGUGUCUCAACAGCUGUGCAGAUUUCUCACACACUCACCCAACAUGUCCCACACUCAGUAAUUCACACUCAGCUCUCAAUCAUCCUCGACACACACCAUGGACUCAUUUGAUGGGAUUUUUUUUUAAGGUUAAGAAUUUAUUGUUUAUGACGGAGUAUUGGGGCCAAACUCUGAAAAAAUUCAAGGUUUCCCCCUGUGUAUUAUAAAGCCGGUCCGCCAGGCUUUACUUGCCCCCCACCAGGCUUAUAAUACACCGUGUUUUUGUCAAAAAUGACAAAAACACGGUGGACCGCCUCUGCUCCCCGACCACUGAGCUCAGCAAGUUUUCUGUAAAUUAAA